AUGAUUUAAAAUGUGAUUGAUGUAGUUGAGUUCCAAACUACUUCUUAAUCACUAUUUUCAAAACAAACAUAUUACACAAUAAAAGGAUCUGACAAACAAGGAAAUUUUGAAGUACAGCGAAGAUUCAAGGAUUUUGUGGCUUUAAGAAAUAUUCUGGUUAUUUAAUGGCCAGGAUGCUAUGUCCCAAGUUUACCUGGUAAGAAACUUUUUAAUGGAAAUGAUGUAAAGACAAUCAAUGAUAGAAAAAAAUUCUUACAUGCCUUUUGCUAAAAAUUGAGCUAAUUGCCUCAUCUAUUUUAGACAGAAGAAGUGUCACAGAUAUUUUUAAGAUCAAAAGAUGAGAAAAUUUAUAAAAAAUUAGAAUCUAUUAAAUCACCUUCUACCUAAGAUCUUCUUGAAAAAUACUAAACUCUAUUUACAGAUAUAUUAAAUGUAUUAAUAUAUAAUUUAAUGUAAAGGUUGAGAUUGAUGCAAGCACACUUAAGGAGAUUGACAAUUUUGCAGAUUAAGUAAGAAAUUAUAGUAUUAAAUUAAAAAACAUAAAAAAGAUAAUUAAAGAUAGUGUUUAAUCAGGUAGGAAUUACAACAAUUGUCUAGAAGAAAUAAUCAAAACAAGAUUAAUAAACUUUGAAAAUUUAUUUGUUUCUUCAUUUGUAAAUUCAGAUGCAUCAAUGCUAAUUUUUAACAGAAUUAAAUAAGAAUUAAUGGAAACAUAUUAAGAAAAAUAAGUUUUUAAUUAAAAUAAUAUAGAAAUCUUGUUAGAUUUAAUUAGAUUAGAAUCUAAGGAUUGUAAAGUAAGAAUUUAUUAUAUAUUAUUAAGAUUGUAUUAAAAUAAAUUAAUGAUAAGAUUAAUUUAGAGAAUAAAGUUAAAAGUUUAGAAAAUAAAAUUAUUGAAUUGGAAAAACAAUUGGAAAAGUUGAAUUAGGGAAAGGUUUCUUUUAAAAAUAUGAUUAAAUAAAAAUCGCCAGAAGAUUCUAAAAAAUAAGUUGAAUAAGAAAUAAGUGAUAUUGUUAAAGAAAUAAAAUAGUUAACAGAAUUAAUUGUAUUAAUUAAUAAAAUAUUGGCAUUAAAAGAAAGAAAUAGAUAUGAAAAUGAUAAAAACUAAUAAUUUAAAGAAAUAAUGGAGAUUUUAUAAUAGAUGGAAUUAGAAAGCAUUAAAAUAGAAUCAUAAUAUUGGGGAUACAUUUUAAAUGAAACAAAUUAAUUAAUUUCUAAAACAUAAAAUUAAUAAUAAAUAGAGUGUUAAACUAAUAUGGAAUGA